AUCAUUCUGUGAACUUGUGUUCUGUGUUUCAUGUCAGCGGCUGUUAUGCAGGUUCCUGAAGGCCGAGCCGAAGACAGAUUUGAGACUCAUUUCACCACUAACUAUCUAGGCCACUUUCUGCUGACCUGCCUUCUGCUGGACAGCCUGGUGCAUUCUGGGAAGGAUGGCUCGUGCUCCAGGGUCGUCAGCAUCUCGUCCUCAGCACACUACGCCGCUGACGCCCGUCUGCAGGAUCUUCUCAGCAUACUCCAGCUGAAGGUUUCUCCGGAUCUGGAAGGAGGUGGAGGAUGUUGUGUGUGUGCAGGUCAGCGGUCCGGUCCUCAGCAGCGUCUCACGAUGAAGAUCUUCAGGCUGGACUCUGGAGAAACACCUGCGAGCUGCUGGGCCUCCAGGACUCACUCGUUGUUUAACAGAGUUCCUCGAGUUAGUCGUAAACUGGACUAACAUCAGCGGACCCGAAGGCGGACGUCGAUCGGAUGCAGCGCAAAUAAACGAUGGACAAUCUCAUACCGGAGAACUGUGACCGACGGAGGGAAUCUAUGAAGAGUCGUGUAGCUCCUGUCCUAUUAUUUAUGGUUCUUCUGAAGGGCUUGGCGCUGAUGAAGGAUCACUGAGAACAUCCUUCUCACACUGUGAUGUGACCUUCCAGACGGUUUAAAAAGCAGAUCCUUUCCUCCGAAAUCUCCCGCAGGUUUGCUCAGUUCUGGUCUGUAAGUGCUGCUGAAGUUUACUCUCUUCACACAAACCUCUGCUGCGUUUGCUUGAGCUCCCGCUCUGCAUUAUUAACCAAUAACACACACUCAUUUUACCUUCUUCAACAUGACGGACUCAUAUCCUUAUAAACAAGCUCUUAUUGUGAAUGAUUCCUCAGUGCACGUUAUUUCCAGGAAAUAAUGUCUGUCUUUGUAACUGUCCAUCAAAAGGUAGUAACUGCAUCUCCAGCUAACAGAGAACGUUCCCAUAACGUUCUUUAAAGGUUAUGUAAAUGUCAGGACAGACAUUCUUAAAAUAAUGUUUAUGGAACGUCCUGAUAAUGUUUUUAAUAUAUGUUCUCAUAAUGUUUAAGGAAGUUCUCAGAACUUCAUGUUCAAUAACAUUCAUCAGUAACAAGAACCGAAGGUUUUCAUAACGGUUUCAAAAUGAUCAAAUGGAACGUUCCUCUAACGUUUGCA